UGAUUCACGGUCAGAACAAGCAAAAGCUGUUAUUGGUUUACUUCGAGACCAAAUAGUUUUAUGUGACUCUAAUACGUGUUUUUCCAUGUUCAGAGAGUAGAUCUCCUCCAGCCCAACUCUCGCGAUAUUACAGCAAUAUUCAUAGGGCUCUUCAGAACCAUCGUUCUUUGCGUACGGUGAAAAUUGGCGGGAAGGAGGUUGGCGUAAUGGUGGAGAAGUCUAGCUUACGGUCGCCGCCGGUAAAGGUCCUGGCUGCGCAGCUGAAGCGGUGCCGCCAGCUCCCCGGCGGCUCAUGGCUGUUGGACCGGGAAGAGUACGGACGUCCGGCGUUAGCUGUGUCUCUGGUAUGGAUGCAGGGUAAAGUGCUGACUGUAGAGCAGGCUGGCUCGACUGUGCGGCUCCUGGACGAGAGCGGCUCUUUCGUGGUUUCUGGCGUAGAGAGAGUCCCUAAGGGAAAACCUUGCCUCAGCCCUGGAAAUUAUGUGAUGGUGAUGGGCUUGGUGCAGGGUUGCACCCCAGAACCUGUCCUUCAAGCCGUGAAGAUGUCGGGUCUUUCGGGCAAUCCUCUGCACAGGAGUAUGUGGGAGCUGGAAGUGGAAGAUUUGCAGAGAAGCCUCAUUUCGUAAAUGAAGCUGGCAUGGCAAAAUGGGAGUAAUUUGCUGCAUGUGACAGAACAAUUGGGGUGGAAAUGCCUGCAUUUUUAGAAGGCAUGGAUUAUUUCCAACUGGAUUAACUUGCACAAGUAAUAUUUUAUACUUGAGGGAUCAUGGAUUCAUUGCUCCUUUGUGGAGUUCUCUUCUUUCUUCAGGCUGGACUUACAUGAAAGGAGUGCUGUGCUGCAGAGUUCACUACAGACAUCUGACUUCAGACAUUACUGUUAAUGGAUAUGCAAAGACUGCUGUUUUAAAAUAAUGAUUCUGUUCACCCAAAGAAUUUACAAUUCUAGGAUAAAGCUGUUUCGAUAACCAUGGAUAAUGUUACCUUGAAAGCCUCUUUUUUAAUGCAUAGUUUCAUUUAAUGUUUCAAGUCAAACUGAGUGGGGGACAGCCUCCCCCCCCAAUAUAGCAAAACUUCAGGGAGACAACUGAACAAUAAAGUAAUACUGUAUUAUAAUAAAAUCUGCAUAUAUUA